GCGCCCGGCCCGCGCCCUGCCCGGCGCGGCCUCCUUCGGGCCCGCAGCUGCCACCCGCCCGCGCCGCCCGGCGCCCGAGCUGCCCGCGGGCUGGGUCCCCGCGGCCCGAGCCGCCCCGGCCGGGCCCCCAAACGAGGCCGAGAUGACUUCCAAGGAGGACGGCAAGGCGGCGCCGGGGGAGGAGAGGCGGCGCAGCCCGCUGGACCACCUGCCACCUCCCGCCAACUCCAACAAGCCGCUGACGCCAUUCAGUAUCGAGGACAUCCUCAACAAGCCGUCUGUGCGGAGAAGUUACUCGCUGUGCGGGGCGGCGCACCUGCUGGCGGCCGCGGACAAGCACGCGCCGGGCGGCUUGCCCCUGGCGGGCCGCGCGCUCCUCUCGCAGACCUCACCGCUGUGUGCGCUGGAGGAGCUGGCCAGCAAGACCUUUAAGGGUCUGGAGGUCAGCGUCCUGCAGGCAGCCGAAGGCCGCGACGGGAUGACCAUCUUUGGGCAGCGACAGACCCCAAAGAAGCGGCGAAAGUCGCGCACGGCCUUCACCAACCACCAGAUCUACGAGUUGGAGAAGCGCUUCCUCUACCAGAAGUACCUGUCCCCUGCUGAUCGCGACCAAAUCGCGCAGCAGCUGGGCCUCACCAACGCUCAGGUCAUCACCUGGUUUCAGAAUCGGCGCGCCAAGCUCAAGCGGGACCUGGAGGAGAUGAAGGCCGACGUGGAAUCCGCCAAGAAACUGGGCCCCAGCGGGCAGAUGGACAUCGUGGCGCUGGCCGAACUGGAGCAGAACUCGGAAGCCACGGGCGGCGGUGGUGGCGGCUGCGGCAGGGCCAAGUCGAGGCCUGGCUCUCCGGCACUCCCCCCAGGCGCCCCGCAGGCCCCGGGCGCUGGGCCCCUGCAGCUCUCCCCCGCCUCCCCGCUCACGGACCAGCCAGCCAGCAGCCAGGACUGCUCGGAGGAUGAGGAAGACGAAGAGAUCGACGUGGACGAUUGAGCGGCACCCGGGAUCUUCUGCUGCCCGGGGACCCUGGAGCCCGUAGGCCCACCGCCUUCCGAUCGAACCGCCGAGGGGAGCUGGGACCUCCUCUAUAACUCCCGCCUUCUCCCCUGUCCCUAGCCCGGACUCGGCUCCCAGUAGCCGCCUCUUCCCUCUCGAAGCAAUAAACCCGGGCUGGCCGGCCGGGCCGGCCGCCGUGCGCGGCCUCCGCCGCCCCGGGAGCCCUCGCCGUGCAAUUCUGUAUGGCUUCUGUAUAAAUAUUUAAACCUAUAUAGCGGGUUCUUCCCAUUGCAGCCUGACUUUUUUCUUUUUUAUUUUUUAAAAUCUCGGAGAUUUUCAUGUUUUCAAAGCUCUUAGGCUGCCGGGUUUGCUGAGAGUGAGGCAGAAUUGAGGGUAACGGACACUGAACCCCGCGGUCUGGAGGAGGGGGCCGCCCCGAUUGUUUUGAUUUUUCUCUGCAUGUGGCGAAUGCACCGGCCCUCUCCCUCCUCGCCUCCCUAGGCCUAUUGCAGUUGAUUUCUUUUAUUUCCUUCUGCCUUUUUCCCCCCCGCGUGGGAAGGGGCUGAAGUAGGCAGCUGGGUCCUGACUUGCAAGUUUCAAAAGGAUCUCUUCUUCCCCUAGCGAGAGAAGUCUGUUUUCGAUGCCAUUUCUGCUGCCCAAUACCCCCUAACGCUAUUUUAAAGAUUCCUCCCCACCCUCUCUCGGUUUUCUUGGACUGACUGCUGGGGUCCGGGUCUUAGGGACAAAGCAGGGGAAAAUCUAACCAACCAACGAAAAAGGAACCCAAAGCCCUAGAAUUAUUUUUUACUCUUUUUAGAAUUUUUUUGCAUGUGACAGAGACUGAGAGGCCCACCUAAGCCCUCACCCCGCCUCCUCCACAGCUCUGGGUCUGUCUUGCAGUCUCCAACACCCUGCUCCUAGCUCGACUUGGCCAGACAAGGUUGGCCGAAUGAGGGUGGGUCCCGCGUGCCCCUUCCCUGCUCCUGCCCUGCCUUCUCCUCCCCGGACUGUACCCAAGGCCUCUUUCUCAGAUAA